AUGGCGACCGCCAUGCUGCCGUCCCCGUCUCUGCCUCCUACUCCCCGCGGCGUCUUAUCGCCGCGCUGCUCACUACAGGCACCGACCCACGAGCAACGGGUGCCGGACGGGGCAUGCGAGGCGUUUGCGGCCAUGCGCGCCGCCGGGGCCGCGCCCGACAGGUUCCUCCUCCCGCAGGUGCUCCGGGCCUGCGCCGGCGCGGACGCGCCCCGCCUUGCCGCCGCAGCGCACGCGCUCGCCUCCAAGGGCGGGCCCGCGCUCGCCGACGACGCCGUGGUAGGGAACGCUGUCGUCGCCAUGUACGCGGCGCUCGGGGACGUCCGCGCCGCGCGCGCAGCGUUCGCGUCGCUCCCCGAACGCGACGUCGUGGCAUGGACCGCUCUCGUGGGCGCCUACGCCAACGCCGGGGAGCUGGGCGAGGCCUUCCAGCUGUUUGAAUCGAUGCAGGCCAGUGGCGUGCGGCCUGACGUGAUUUCGUGGAACACCCUCGUCUCCGGCUUCGCGAGAAAUGGUGAUAUUGGUGCUGCGCUCGAUCUAUUCGACGAAAUGCGACUGAGGGGUGUCAAGCCACGGGUCAGUUCUUGGAACUGCAUCAUCUCUGGCUGUGUGCAGAAUGCGCGCUAUGAUGAGGCUUUGGGCAUCUUCCUGGAGAUGUGCGAGACUGAGAUGCCCGAUGCAGUCACUAUUGCUAGUAUACUCCCUGCUUGCACUGGCUUGAUGGCACUGGGCCUUGGAAAGCAGCUGCAUUCUUAUGCUGUACGUUGUGGUAUCAAAUUAAAUGUCUACAUUGGUUCUUCUUUGAUUGGCAUGUACUCCGAGUGCAGAGAGUUUGCUUAUGCGACAAGUGUGUUCGCCGCCAUUGAUGGGGAGAGGAAUGUCACUGUAUGGAAUGAGUUGAUUCAAUCAUAUAUCAGUGAUGGGAGGAUGGACAAAGCGUGUGAAGCCUUUAACUUGAUGCAGCAGGAUGGAUUGAAGCCUGACACUGUCACAUAUAACAAUUUCAUCGCUGCAUAUGCUAGAGCAGGUCAGAAAGAACUAGCAAAUGAAUUGUUGUCAGGCAUGAUGAAUGUCAGCUUGAAGCCUAAUGUGGUAUCAAUGAAUGCUUUAAUAUCCGGUUUGCAUCAGUUUGGCCUCUGUGCUGAUGCACUGGAAGUUUUCAGAUACAUGCAGCUCCUAAACAGCGGAGAUGCAAAGCGUUGGACAUUUCUGGAUAAUAGCAACCCCAUCCAACCAAAUGGUACUACAGUUACUAGUGUCCUCUCACUGUUGACAGACCUCAAGUUAGAUCGUCUCGGGAAGGAAGUACACUGCUAUGCUCUAAGGAAUGGUCUGACGUCAAACAUAUUUGUUUCCAGCAAAUUGGUUGACCUUUAUGGUAAAACUGGUGAUAUGGUAUCUGCUGCUAAUGUCUUCCAGGGAAUCAGUAAUAAGAAUGUUGUCACAUGGAACAGUCUGCUAGCAGCUUACAAGCAUAAUAGGAAGCCAGAAGUUGUUUUGAAACUAUUCUGUGAAAUGCUCGAGUCUAAUUUACUUCCUAACUUGGUUACAGUGCAGAUAGCGCUUUUGUCUUCUGGUAUGACGAUGGCAUCAGGGUAUGGGAGCGAACUGCAUGGUUUCAUACAGAAAAACUGGCCUGAUGGUUAUCCAGUCACUCUUGCAAGUGCGCUAAUAGAUAUGUAUGGGAAAUGUGGUAAGAUUGAGGAUGCUAGACUGGCUUUUGAGCGCAGUGUUGAAAAGGAUGUAGCAGUAUGGAAUGCAAUGAUGAGUUGCUACUUGCUUCAUAGGAUGCCUAGAGAUGUUAAAAGAUUGUUUGAAAUACUUGAACAAUCUAGAACUCGGCCAGAUCCUGUUACUUUCAUCUUACUUCUUUCAGCUUGUAAGCAAGAAGGUUCCAUGGUGGAAGCUCGGAGCUAUUUCUACAGUAUGGAAGAUUUGUAUGGCAUAAAACCAAGUUUAAAACACUACACUUGCAUGGUUGACAUCAUGGGAACAGCUGGUUUAUUGGAGGAGUCACUAGAACUUAUCCAGAAGAUGCCAGUUGAGCCGGAUGCAUGCCUAUGGUCUACUGUUCUCAAAGCUUGUAAGCUUCACUCAGAUUUGGACGUUGCGGCUAAGGCUGCAAAAGCUCUUUUCGAGCUUGAACCAAAUAAUGCUUCAAACUACAUGUUGCUUUCCAAUAUAUAUGCGAACAGCGGCUUUUGGGAUUCCACUGAAUCUGUAAGAGAUGCCAUGACAGAGCACGGGUUGCACGUUGAGAGCCAGUGUAGCUGGCUAUAUCUUGGCAAAAGUGUGGAUUCGUUUGAGGCUGGAGAUUUGUCCCAUCCAGCAUUUGAGGAUAUUUUGAGUACAUGGAAGGACUUGGCUAGUAGGAUGGCAGAGUCUGGGUAUGCUCCUCAAGACGAUGAGCCCUAUUGCAAUGUACAAGUUGAUCCAUUGUCGUGCCACCACACCGAGCGGAUUGCUGUGUGCUAUGGACUUAUUUCCAUGCGUGCCCAUGAGCCGAUACGGGUCUCGAAGAAUUUCCGAAUGUGCAAGGAAUGCCAUUCCUCAAUCAAGUUCAUCUCAAGGGAUAAGAAGCGGGAGAUACUGAUUUCAGAUGGUUGCACCUAUCACCACUUCAGCGAUGGCUCGUGCAGCUGUGGGGACAUGUGGUAG